AAAAAAAACACGUUACGUAGUCUCAAUUUGGGAGAAAGAAACGACAUACAUGUUACAUCUUUAAACGAUAACAAGUCUAUUUAGAACCACUAGUUGUGAUUUGUGAAACUCUGAAGUAAAGAAGAAACCACAACAAUGGCGUUGUUCUCCCCGCCAAUCUCUUCUUCAUCUCUUCAAAAUCCCAAUUUCAUUCCCAAAUUUUCAUUCUCCCUCCUCUCCAGUAACCGCUUCUCUCUCCUCUCCGUCACUCGAGCUUCCUCCGACAGUGGAUCAACCUCUCCCACCGCCGCCGUCUCCGUGGAGGCUCCUGAGCCCGUGGAAGUGAUAGUUAAAGAGCCUCCGCAAUCAACACCGGCGGUUAAAAAGGAAGAAACCGCCACCGCUAAAAAUGUCGCCGUCGAAGGUGAAGAGAUGAAAACAACGGAGAGUGUUGUCAAAUUCCAGGAUGCGAGAUGGAUUAAUGGAACUUGGGAUCUGAAACAGUUCGAGAAAGAUGGAAAAACCGAUUGGGAUUCUGUAAUCGUUGCUGAGGCAAAGAGAAGAAAAUGGCUAGAAGAGAAUCCAGAAACAACGAGUAACGACGAACCAGUGCUUUUCGAUACAUCGAUUAUUCCAUGGUGGGCUUGGAUUAAGAGAUACCACUUACCUGAAGCUGAACUCUUAAAUGGUCGUGCGGCGAUGAUAGGAUUCUUUAUGGCUUACUUUGUCGAUAGUCUUACCGGAGUAGGACUUGUUGAUCAAAUGGGGAAUUUCUUCUGCAAGACACUAUUGUUUGUGGCUGUGGCUGGAGUUUUGUUUAUUCGUAAGAAUGAGGAUGUGGAUAAACUCAAGAACUUGUUUGAUGAGACUACAUUGUAUGAUAAGCAAUGGCAAGCAGCUUGGAAAAAUGAUGAUGAUGAGUCAUUGGGUUCUAAGAAGAAGUGAUAACAAAGAUUCUUGCUUUCUUUUUUUGUUGUUGUUGUAAUUAGGAGAUGAACUUACCAAAUGUAAUAUCAAGAGAUUUGAACAAUGUUUCCUCAGAUUACCGUUAAUCAUGUCUAGUCUCUACUUAACUUAAUCUAAUUAGAAAACAAAAAAGGCCCAAUAAGAAGCCCAAUUUUCCAAGUUUAUUUUCGUUAGUUAUAUUUAUCCCACAUCGACAACAGCUCGUAAGUGAGAUAAAUGUUUUACCAAGAAUCUUUGGCUUUGGCUACCACGAUAUUGGCUCUGGCCACAAUUUCUCAUUGUUUACCAGGUUGCUUGACCGAUACGGGUUUAGGAAACUUGACUCUGAGCAAAGGGAAUUUGCUGAUGGUGACUUUGUGAGAGGUAAACCUGAGCUUAUCCGGAACAUAUAUAAACGCACCAGAGCUCAAAUACUAAACACUAAAGAAGGGAGAGAGCUGCUUAAGCAAGUCAUGGAGAUGAGGAAACAGAGGAGAGAAAAGAUGAAGAAAGAGAUUACGAAAGCAAAGGAACUAGCUGAUCGGUUGCACCAUGUACAUAUUUGGAACAUACAAUGAUGUUUCGCGAUUUGGAAAUUUAUGUCAAGACCAGGCUUUGAUUACUCUGCUUAUAGUUCUCCUAUUUGAUAUAUUUCCCUUUCCAGGGUUAGGUUUUUGAUUGUAUGUGCAACUUAUU